UGGCAUUCUUGCAAACUAGUUGGCGCCAAGCUCAGUAGCAAAACCCUAACGAAGUGAGAGAGAGAGAGGAUGUCGGGCGGUAGGUGGAGUUCCGAUGGGAUUGAAUCUUCUCCAACAUCUCAUCUCGACACAAACAGUCCUUCACACAAUUUCUUUGUUUGGAGGGAAUUUGUAUGGGGAGGCUUUGCCGGGGCUUUUGGGGAAGGCAUAAUGCACCCAAUUGACACCAUCAAGACCCGAAUCCAGAGUCAAGCUGUGAUUAGUGGAUGCCAGAACCAGAAGAGCAUACUUCAGAUGGUCCGGACAAUCUGGGUUGCUGAUGGGCUAAGAGGCUUUUAUAGAGGAGUUGCACCAGGAGUAAUUGGAUCACUUGCAACAGGAGCGACAUACUUUGGUGUGAUUGAGUCUACAAAAAAGUGGGUCGAGGAGAUGCAUCCUAAUCUUGGAGGUCAUUGGGCUCACUUCAUUGCUGGAGGAAUAGGUGAUACCCUUGGAUCAUUUGUGUAUGUACCAUGUGAAGUGAUGAAACAACGCAUGCAGGUCCAAGGUACCAGAAAAUCUUGGAGUUCAAUUGUUCUGAAGGAAAAUGUCAAGAAGAAAUCAGGAGCACAGAUGUAUUGUUACUAUUCUGGGAUGUUUCAGGCAGGCCAUUCAAUUUGGAAGCAACAUGGUCUAAAGGGAUUGUAUGCGGGAUAUUGGUCUACACUGGCAAGAGAUGUGCCAUUUGCCGGUCUAAUGGUAACCUUUUAUGAAGCCCUCAAGGAUAUGACAGAGUAUGGGAAACGAAGAUGGCUGCUCAAUCCAGAUAAUCAUGUUAAUAGUUCUCUUGAGGGCCUGCUAUUAGGAGGAGUUGCUGGGGGCUUUAGUGCAUAUCUCACAACUCCUUUGGAUGUCAUCAAGACUAGGCUUCAAGUACAAGGGUCAAGCAUUAGGUACAAGGGGUGGCUUGAUGCCAUCCAAAGGAUUUGGACAGUGGAAGGCACAAAGGGUAUGUUCAAAGGCAGUGUCCCCAGAAUCAUUUGGUAUGUUCCGGCCUCUGCUUUCACAUUUAUGGCAGUGGAAUUCCUCAGAGACCAUUUCAAUGAAAGGCUAGAUCGCGAUGUUCAUGAAGUCGCAAGCUUGUCUAUAGACACAGGGUCUCCCAUACAAGAAGCGGCUCGAAAGACCUCUUUCUAAUCAUUCAUUUGCCAUCUGUAUUAUAUCAUUCUCUUCCCUUUCAUAUUUUAGUAGAACAUGAAAGCCUUCAUGGCAUUUUGUUUCAGUCUCUCAGUUUGAAAAAGAAAAGUCUUUAAUAUCAGGUGUAAAGAAUAUAGUAGAUAAUCCCUGAUUCCCACCAAAGCAAUAGUAAGCAGAAUUGAAGGGUA